AAACUUCAUAGAAUUUCUCGCACUCUGCUAGAAGGAGCAGUUGUGGAUGAAAAGAAAAAUUCAUCUCCAGAAGAACCAACAGAUAAGACAAAAUGUGUAAUAAAUUCAUCAGAUUAUGAAAGAGAUGCUGCAAAUAAAAGCCCAAAUUUACUGUGCAAACAUGACCAGAGCCCACAUUUGAGCCCAAUACCUUCACCACGAAAUAGAACAUCAAGUUCACCUACACCCAUAAGAGAGUACUUCAGUUCUUCACCCACAUCAUUAACUUUACCAGAUUCAGUGAGGCUGUCACACCAGACACCAACAAACCUCACCAGGCCCCACACAGAAAUUACCACAAGACCGGUUUCAUUACACCUAAAUACUAUUCCCACUUCACCCGCAUUAGCACUAAGGAAUACAAGAAGGGGCAGUGAACCGCUUUUAGAUGUGUAUUCUAAAAAUGCUGAAAAGAUUACGACUCCAGAUAAGAAAUGGGAAAAGCUCCGCUCAAUCCUUGUGGUGAUGAAAAAUGAGACAGUUGAUGUGGAUCAGAUUAUAAACUCAUCUCCAUCAGAUCUUCUGAGUAGCUUAAAAGAGAAGAUUACAAUCCAGGAAGAGCUGGUCACUCUUCAGCUUAAGCUGACAUCAUUACAAGAUACAAUUAAACAAAUGGAUAUUGAUCUUCAGCAGCUGAAGUCAGAAAGAGACUCAGCUUUAGCGUGUAUUAGACAGAUGCAGUCUGAAACAUUUCAGCCCACUCCUAAUACAGAAUUGGACAGAAUAGCUGACUAUUAUGAGAGAGGUAUUGAAGGACUUAAAGCACAUGAUGUCUCAAAGGAUGAUGUUCUGGAGGCCUUGAUGUAUAUGUUAAAGGAGUUUAAAAGUCAAAGGUCAUACCUUGACCGCCUGAUGAUGGUUGUGCUGAUGCGUGCACCCUGGAUGCUGGACGAGGUGGAUAAAACUGAGUUACUUGUCGAUGACAACAACAAUGAUGACAGUGAUUCAGUGUAUAAUGACAGUGACGGUGAGGUUUGGUGUUAACAUUGAGAUUUUCUUACCAUCGCAGGUAUAGAGUUUGUUGCACUUGUUCUGUCUGGGACUAUUUUUUUAAAGUGUAGACACCAAAGUUUAAAUAUCACACCCCUUCAUAUACUAGCACCUUUUAUAAACAUACUUUAAACAAAUUGUUUUAAAUGUUACCCUAUUUAUACACUACUUUCAACUGAUGAGAUGGCUGACUAAUUGGCUAAACCACAAAAAUACUAUUGUAAGGGGCCUAAAGUUUUCUUAAUUAACAGUAAAAUUUACAUGCAAUUUGAUUGUACUUACCUGUUUUAUUUGAUGGUUUCACUGACAUGAGACUUUAAAUUACAAAAAAUUAUUUCUCAAUAUGAGAUAAUGACCUUCUGUAUUUCAUAAAAUAUUGUUUUGCAUUUUGUAAAUAUAAAAUCCUACAGAGAUGUCAUGAUGGUGAUGGUUUUUGCACCAAUGCCUAAACUUAUUUUUUUACUGAAAUUUUAUUUAUAUAUGUUUUGACAUGACAGUAUAAAAUGCAUCUGUUAAUUAUGCCCAUAUCAAAAUUAUUCUGGUUCAAAGUUUUAUAAAAUUCUGGCAUAAUUUUACUAUGCAUAAAGUCAGUGACUACAUCUUCCUUAAAAUCUGUUUUUGUGUUAACUCUUUCUCUACUUUUUUAUAAAAAUGUAUUAUACAAUUUAAAAUGUAAGUACUAUAAAAAAUUCAAAUGGUAUUUUCACCCAAAAAAGCACUACUUAUAAAAUAACUUUUGUGAUAAAUAUUUUGAAACAAAUACAUAGCUAUGGAUAAAUACUCUAUGCAUUUUAUUUAUAUGUUUAAUAUUUUACAACUUUUGAUACUACUUAUAAAUGUGUUCACAAAUGUAUACAUUCCAAUUAUGGUCACAAUAAUUUAUGCUACUACUGAACAUAAUUUUCAUAUUAAAAAAAAAAAGUUUUUUGUAUAAAUGAUUUUUUUAAUAUAUAGAGCUAAUAAUCAAGAUUUUAAAAAUGUUU